ACAGUCCAUGUGACUCGCGGCUACAAAUGCGUAGUUCAAACGCCGUACCAAAUUAUAAACUCUGUUUUAUUGCAUUACGUUCGUUUGUUUUUCCCGUAUAAAUACGUAUAUGAACAGUUCAUUCAAUCAAUCCAGUUUACAUCAUUGAUAGUAGUGCACUUUGAAUUUAUUAAAGUUCAGUGUCGAAGGAAAUAAGAUAUUCAAAAUGAAUGAUCCAGAGCUGUACAAUGUAGCGAACUCGUUACAAAAGAAGGGUGCUAUCCAAUGUCUUAAUGAAUAUGCGAAGAAGAUCAAUUGGAAGAAUAUUGGGGAUAGCGUGAUAGACCUGGGUUGCGGUGACGGCAGCAUGACCGUUAUUCUGAAAAAAUACAUGCCGAGAAACUACAAGAAAUUAGUAGCUUGUGAUAUAAGUGAAAAAGCUGUGAAAUAUGCAAGCGAACAUCACAGCGAUGAAGUGACCAUGUUUCGAGUACUUGACAUCCAGGGGGAUCUACCAACAGAAAUGUAUUCAGCAUUCAAUCAUGUGUUUUCUUUUUAUGCACUGCACUGGAUACGAAAUCAGGAGAAAGCUUUUAGAAACAUUUACAAUCUUCUAGAAGAUGGCGGUGACUGUCUCCUCAUGUUCUUAGGCUACACGCCAGUCUACAGCGUCUAUAAUGCUCUAGCUCAAUACUCCAAGUGGAAGUCCUGGCUGAAAGACGUCAAUACCUUCAUAUCACCUUAUCACGACAUGCAGGAACCCGAAAAGAAAGUAACACAGAUGAUGGAAGAAAUAGGAUUUAGGAAUAUCGAUGUGAAAUGUAAAGAUAUGCUAUUUGUAUUUGACAGCGUGGAAGCUAUGAAAAAUACCGUAAAGGCAAUAGAACCGUUUGACAUGCCAAAAGAUGUGUACGAAGAAUUCAUGCAAGAUUACUACGCGGUGGCGCAAGAAUUAGGCGUCGUUGAAAUAAACAACAAUAAUGUUGGCGAACCUACGAUAAACUGCAACUACUGUCUAUUAGUCGUCUGUGCAAGCAAAAUUUCCUUUAAAAUGAAUAACGCGGUCUUGUAUGAGAAAAGCAAUAGCUUGCAGAAGAGAGAUGCUAUCAUGUGUCUAGAAGAAUACGCUUCGAAAAUUAAGUGGAAGAAGAGUAACAAUAAUAUUCUUGACAUAGGCUGUGGGGAUGGAAGCGUGACUAAUAUGCUGAAGAAAUAUAUCCCUACUGAUUACAAGUUGCUGGGCUGUGAUAUCAGCGAGAAGAUGGUGAACUUCGCGAAUGAUCAUCAUUGUAAUGAACAGACUUCUUUCACCGUGCUCGAUAUUGAGGGAGACCUGCCUGAAGGUAUGAAGGGAAACUUCGACCACGUUUUCUCGUUCUACGCUCUGCAUUGGGUUAAUAACCAAGAACGAGCAUUCAACAACAUAUACAACCUUCUAAGCGAGGAUGGGGAGUGCUUCACGAUAUUUGUAGCCUGGGCACCUGUGUUUGACGUGUACCGGGUGCUCGCGCGCAACAACAAGUGGAGUCAAUGGGUGCAUGAUGUCGACAGAUACAUAUCGCCCUACCACGACUCUUUGGAGCCGGAAAAAGACUUAAAGGCAAUGAUAGACAAAAUUGGAUUCGUUGACGUCGAUGUGGAAUGUAAAGAAUUGGUAUUCGUGUACGACAACAUACAUAUCUUGCGAAAAGCACUAACAGCUAUCAACCCUUUCAAAAUUCCCAAGGAAAAAUACGAUGACUUCAUGGAAGAUUAUAUGGAUAUACUGAAAGAACUACAAAUUUUAGACAAGUACAACAAUAAUUAUGAAAAGAGCGUUGAAUUCAAUUACCGUUUGCUCGUAGUGUAUGCUCGGAAGCCUGACUCGCAGGAUAAAAUGUUAGAAGCCCUAAAUGGACAAACGUAGAUUGAACAUUUUAUAUUUUUAGUUAUGGUAAAGCACGGUGUAAAACAGUUAUUAGUAGUUAUGGAUGAAUUUAUAGAGUAUCUCGUCAGGUUUAGUUUUCGGCCUGGUAUGAAAUGUUGUUUUUUAAGUAAGCUAUUUUGGUAAUGUAAACAAUAUUUAAAGGCAGGAAAAUCAUGUGUGUGUGAGCAAAAAUAUAUGCUUAAUUUAAGCAUCUACCUAUACCGAGUCCAGAGAAUUCUAAUGAUAACAGAUACAUUUUUUGAAAUAAGUUCCGAAUGUUUUGAAUAAUAUUAGUUACGAUUUUAUGAACAUAGAAAACUUUUCUCUUUAUAAUAAAAAAUAUCAAUUAUAACUACAUGUAUAACGUACUAGGGAUCAUUUGCUUGCAGUGCAGUUACAAAAUGACAUUCCACUUAAAGAUGUAUUAAUUCAUUAAAUAAGUAUACGAAAGAUGUGCAUAUUUUUGUGUAAUGAGUUUUAGAUAAGUACUUAUUUAUUAAUUUAUAUAGUUUACCUAAGUAAAUUGACUCUAAAGGUAAGCUAGGUCUCGGUAUGUAAACUAGCUGGGUCUGGAAAAUAAACGAAGUACAAUCUAACAAUGCUUAAAAGUUAAUAUUUUCCUUCAAACACAUAACUAUAAAAUGUAUGUAAUUCUGCAGGAGAAUGCACAUGUAGUUUCAUGAAAAUUUUAUUAAAAGUCUUUGUCGAAAAAUAUUUUUAGUAUUUAAAUAGAUAGGAUUAGGUACAAAUUAUUUAAUUUAGGUAAAUUAAAAAAAUAUUUUUGAUUUAAUAUUGUUAUUAGAGUAUUUUAUUUGACUAC